ACCCAACAUAUUGUACACUACCCAUUACGCAAUUCAUUCCAUCAUUCUUAUUGGAUCAGUGAGUUGUCCCUCGUUGCCUCUCAUUUAUCAAUUGACUGACGUCGAAAAAGUCAGAGAUCAAAACGAACGUACUCGAACUCGAAAGUUCAGACCAGCAAAUUACAUAUACUCUACACCGUCCACUAUGAGAAUUCGCACUAGUAAGACUGUUCAACAUCGCCGCGACGACUCUGAAGAGUCGACGAUUACGUCGCCUCAUUCAUUUACCGAGUACAUGAAUGAGUAUCCGGAAGCAGGUCCUAUUACAGAAGAGGAAGGUUAUUCACCCGAAACUGCAGUUAAGUCUGGAGCGGGCAAGAACGAACUUCCCGGACUUGGUCAAAAACAACAGCCUUCCGGAAAGGUUUCGCUUACAUCCGUUGGCGCCCUUCGGAGUGUAUUCGGUAAGCUGUAUCACGGUGACAAUGCUACAAAUAAGCAGACGGAUGUCAUUGAUGAACAGCAGCAAAAGAAGACCGACAAAACUAGUAACGGUCGGCAAGAAACCAAGGGGAAAGCGAAGAACGACGUCCCUGAGGAAGUCGAUAAUGAUGAUGACCUUGACUAUUUCCAACGCGACAUGACUUUGCUUGGAGGUACUAUUUAAUGACGAAGACCUGAGUUUAUGAAUCAAUGUUUGCAUGUAUUGGAAGCUAUGAGAGCUAAAUAAACGUGCAGCUUGCGAAACUAAGCGCAGAGAGCACAGGCGUUGUGCAGCAAACAUCGUCUGCCGCUGUGCUUGGUGCUGCGAUGUAGGAUAUGAUUAUAUUACGAAACAAGAAUUACAAUUGGCAUAUAUCCCA